AUGUGCAGAUGUAAAGUGCACUGGACACCUGCCACUGAGGUUUGGCCCAAUGUCUUCAUUGGAAAUGAAGAGACAGCAAUGGACCGAGCCAGACUGAAGGAGAUGAACACUGCGGCAUACAAGGAAUACCUGCAAGGAAAGAUCGAUACAAGGGCGGAAUAUUACAAAGAAAUGAACAUUGCUUACUGCGGUGUGCUUGUAAAUGAUGAACAUAGGUUUGACAUCAGUAAGGACUUAUUCCCAGCUUCAGAAUUCAUCCACAAGGCCCAACCCCCAGAUAAGUUUUUAGUGCACUGCUCCGCCACAUUAUUUCUGGCAUACCUGAUGAUCCACCAUGAAAUACUGCUGGAGGAUGCCAUUGACCACGUCAUAGACAAGAGAUGGAUCAGGCCAAACAGGGACUUCUUGAAGCAGCUGACAAUCCUCAAUUCAAACCUAAGAAGUCAGCAAAUACUACUAACCCACAGUAUCGCCAAAGAGGCCGUGGGGGCUUAUGGGCACGUCCAGCAGCUGUGCCUCCUUAGAAUCCCUAAUGUCCAUCAGCAUGAGCCACAGGUGAUGCUAAAGGACCGCAUUGGACCUGCCCAUACUGUGACCAAUGCCCUGGGUGGUGGUUUUCUUCAUCGCUUCAUCGCCAGAUCAGUGGUGGAACACAUCUUCCUGAACAACUUAGGAUUCAGGCCUGCAGUAUCUUCUCUUGGAAGAUCUUAA